GUCUAACACUAUCCCCGCCCCAAUACGGAAGCGGCGGGGUGCUCGGGACCCUACAGCGGGUGGGUCCAGGCCAUGGGGCAGCCCAGGGCUGUGGGGAGCGCGGACGGGCCGCCCACGCGGCUGCCCCUCGUGCUCACCGCGCUGUGGGCGACGGCGGUGGGUCUGGAGCUGGCCUACGUGCUUGUGCUGGGUCCUGGGCCGCCCCCGCUGGGACCCCUGGCCCGGGCCUUCCAGCUGGUGCUGGCCGCCUUCCAGCUGCUUAACCUGCUGGGCAACGUGGGGCUCUUCCUGUGUUCGGAUCCCAGCAUCCGGGGCGUGAUGCUGGCCGGCCACGGUCUAGGCCAGGGCUGGGCUUACUGCUACCAGUGCCAGAGCCAGGUGCCGCCACGUAGCGGACAUUGCUCUGCCUGCCGCGUCUGCAUCCUGCGUCGGGAUCACCAUUGCCGCCUGCUGGGCCGCUGCGUGGGCUUUCACAACUACCGGCCCUUCCUGUGCCUGCUGCUUCAUGGCGCGGGCGUCCUGCUUCACGUCUCUGUGCUGCUGGGCCCUGCCCUGGCAGCUCUGCUGCAAGCCCACACGCCCCUCCACACCGCUGCCCUCCUCCUGCUGCCCUGGCUCAUGCUGCUCACAGGCAGAGUGUCUCUGGCGCAGUUCGCGCUGGCCUUCGUGACCGACACGUGUGUGGCGGGUGCCCUGUUCUGCGGGGCUGGGCUGCUCUUCCAUGGGAUGCUGCUGCUUCGGGGCCAGACCACCUGGGAAUGGGCGCGGGGCCAGCACCUUUAUGACCUGGGUCCUUGCCAUAACCUGCAGGCAGCCCUGGGUCCCCGCUGGAUCCUUGUCUGGCUCUGGCCCUUUCUGGCCUCCCCGUUGCCUGGGGACGGGAUCACCUUCCAGACCACAGCUGAUGUGGGACUGGUGGCUUCCUGACUCCAGGAAGAGCCAGAGCUGUAGAGGGAGGGAGGAGGGGUGAAGGGGCUCAUAAUUCAUUUCAGGCCCACCCCCGGCCUCAGGAGGAGAGGCAGGUUGGUACUUAAUGUCUGCUUUCGGCAACUCCAGCCCCAUCCUUGGCCUUGCCCCUGCCCAGCUUGGACUCAGUCUCCAGGGCGUGGGCCCUGUGAGUCUGCCUCUGUCAGUGGCCCCCGAGUGCAGUGGAGGGUCUGGCAAGGGGCUGCUUGGCCAACCCAGCUGCCCCUUUGCCAGAUUAAUAAAGCGCCCACUUGGUUCUUGGAUUCCCUCCAGCUUUGUGGGUUUCUGGUCCCUCACUGUUGCCCAGCUGCUGUUUCAGGUUCCUCUGAUUGUCACGUCUGGGAACCACUGACCACCUGAGGAGCCAGGGCUCUGCCUCUGUGGCCGCGGUGGGAUGGGGUGGGAGACCAGUGGCCACGGUGGCAUGUACUGAUCCGGGGCAUGAGCAUCUAAAAUUCUGUUUUUCUUCUUCACCCAAGAAUAUUUUCCCAUUGAUUUUUAGAGAGUGGGAGACAGAGAAACAUCGAUGUGAGAGAGACAUAUCGAUCGGUUGCCUCCUGCACGAGCCCCAACUAGGG